ACCCGGUUUUGGACACACGUAUAAACAAAGAAAAAUAAACAACGGAAUCCACCAUCAUCAGUUCAUCAAUAUUCAUCAUCAUAAAGAAUAAAAAAGAAAAAGCAUGUGGGAGCAACACUACACUACAAACUUGUCACCUCUCAAAAAUAUCAUGUAUUCAUGAACCAUUAACCAUUUUUCAAAAUUAAUUUUCGUGCUUUAAUUUAAUUUUAUCAAUACAGGGUUGAUGAUAUAUUUGUAAGCUUGAUUUUUCAGCUUCAAUUUCAAGUAGAAGAUUUUAGUCUCUGCCUAACUGUGUUAAUAUUUGACUUGAAUUCUGGGGUUUGGUAGUUGCUUUUCCUUUGACUGUUUGAGCUAGAAACGAGAUUAUUUAUCUUGGUACAGUAGUUUGAAUUGUGUAAUUGAUGAUUGAAUUUGUUGGGUUUUCUGGAUUUUUGUUGACUAGGGGCUUCUGCAAUUUUGAUUGCCAACUUUUUCAGUAUCAUUGAUUGCUGAAAUGGGCACUUCUGAAAGGUGAGUUCUUGAAAUUGAAAUUUGGGGAUUUUGAGUAAAUUGAUAAGGGGGAUUUGUAAGAAUUGAGAAUUUAGGUUUUGUUCUGUGAUAUUAGAGCAAAAUUAUGGAGAAAGUGGGGAAUCUAGGGGGUAAAACAAUGGAGAAGCAAUCGAGUUUUCGACGGGUGAUAGAGAAACAAGUUAGCUUUCGAAAUGUGGGGGAGAAACCUGAGAGUUCUGGCAAAACCAUGGAGAAAAAUGGGAGUUUCCGAGGCAGUGUAAUGGAGAAACAGAAGAGUUUUCGUGGGUUGUUGGAGAAACAGAAGAGUUUUCACUUGAAAAUGGAGAGGCAAUUCAGCAUUGGUGGCAAUGAGAAGAGGAAAAGCAAAGAAUCCCCUGGAAAACGAGGCGAUUCGCCCCUUCAUUUGUUUGCAAGAGCUGGUAAUCUGAGUAAAAUCAAAGAGAUGUUUCAGAAUUGUGAGACUAGUGAUUGUAGGAAUUUGCUUUGUAAGCAAAACCAGGAAGGAGAAACACCUCUUUAUGUUGCUGCUGAGAAUGGGCAUGCUUUGGUGGUAGGCGAAUUUUUGAAGUAUUUGGACUUGGAUACAGCAUCAAUAGGGGCUAGGAGUGGAUAUGAUCCUUUUCAUAUUGCUGCAAGACAAGGUCAUAUUGAGGUGCUGAAAGAAUUCCUCUGUACAUUCCCAAACUUGGCAAUGACAACCGAUCCUUCUAACACAACAGCAUUACACACAGCUGCUACUCAAGGAAACAUUGAUGUUGUUAAUCUUCUCUUAGAAACUGACUCAAACCUCGCUAAGAUAGCCAGAAAUAAUGGUAAAACAGUCCUCCAUUCUGCAGCAAGAAUGGGGCAUUUAGAAGUGGUCAAGGCCCUCUUACAAAAGGAUCCAAGUAUUGGCUUUAGAGUUGAUAGGAAGGGUCAAGCAGCACUUCACAUGGCUGUGAAAGGGCAAAAUCAAGAUAUUGUUAUUGAACUGCUUAAACCUGAUCCAUCCAUCUUGAGUCUGGAAGAUAACAAGGGAAACACAGCGUUACAUAUUGCGGCAAAGAAGGGUCGUGCUCAGAUUGUUAGUAGCCUUAUACAGUUUGACGGCAUAAACAUCAAUGCAAUCAAUAAAGCUGGGGAGUCUGUGCUUGAUAUUGCUGAAAAAAUUGGACCCCCGGAGCUUGUUACAGUAUUAAGAGAAGCUGGGGCACUCAGUUCAAAAGAACUUGGGAAGCCUCCAAGCACAGAAAAGCAACUAAAACAAACCGUGAGUGACAUCAAACACAACGUGAAGUCCCAGCUGCAACAAACCCAUCAAACUGAUGUUAGGGUCCAAAAGAUAGCGAAAAAGCUCAAGAAACUCCAUACCAACGGCUUGAACAAUGCAAUAAACAAUGCUACAGUUGUUGCUGUUCUCAUUGCAACUGUUGCUUUCGCGGCUAUCUUUCAAGUUCCUGGCCAAUAUCUAGAGCAAAAGGAGCCUGGGGCUUCUCUUGGGCAAGCUUAUAUUGCCAAUAAUAAGGCAUUCAUUAUAUUCUUUGUGUUUGACAGUGUGGCGUUGUUCAUCUCCCUUGCUGUUGUUGUAGUCCAAACAUCUGUGGUUGUUAUUGAGCAGAAGGCAAAAAGGCAGCUCAUGUUUGUGAUAAACAAACUAAUGUGGGUGGCUUGUGUCUGUAUCUCAGUUGCCUUCAUGUCUCUAUCUUAUGUGGUGGUGGGCCCGCAUGGGAGGUGGCUCGCUAUAUGGGCGACAGUCAUUGGAGCUGUGAUUAUGAUCCCAAUCCUUGGCUCUAUGUUCUAUUGUGUGAUUGUGCAUAGGUUGAGUGAUUCUAAAUCCAGAAGAUUAAAGAAAGCUGAGAGCAAGUCACAUUCCUAUUCUAUGUCAGUGGCUGAAUCAGAUCCAGAAUUCUUGAGCACUGAAUAUAAGAGAAUGUAUGUACUUUGAGAAAUUCAGAAGAUCAAAUCCUGGAAAAUUAGCUAUGUAUAAUUUUGUAUAAUUAUGUUGGAUCAUCUUGUAUUAAGCAACGAUCCAUUUCAUUAGCCUGACAAAGGACCUGUUUCAGGUCGAGGGGAACAGUUAGAUCACUUGGCUGUAAUGUAAUCACUUUUUCGAUGCAAGUAAAUCUAUUGCUGUUCAUCUGUUUUGAUGGCAGUUUAUUGUCAAUACAAUCUUCUUGUUUGUUGUA